AUCCGCGAGAGCCACGCACGACAGUUGUCGGCUGGCGCGCGCUCCAUCCGCACACGCACACACGGAUUCGUGCAUCUCCUAUGCUUUUUUAUUGUCGCUCGCGUGGCGAUGUCAUGAUGUAGUCGUUCGACGACGAAGACGGCCCAAGCAAACAGGAGGAGAGAGGCAGAUAUCGAGAGCGAAUCCACGGUAUAAGAAGUGUCGGCGAGUCGGGAAGGAUGGGUCGUAGCAGCAGAGCAGCCGCGCGCCACGGAGCUGCAGCUGCCGAUCAUCUCGCCACGCUGAUCAGCCGCGCCGAUGAGAUGCUGCGCGCCGCCAGACACAAGCUCGGCAACUGGCACAAUGGCAUCGCGCGCGGCAGAGCCGUCGCCACCGCCAACACGCCCGAGAAGCCGACGAUCGCGUUGCCCGAGAGCGCCGAGGUCGUCAUCGUUGGUGGCGGAGUGUCGGGCUGCAGCGCCUUGUACGAGCUAUCGAAGCGAGGCGUUCGAGCGGUGCUGCUCGAGCGGUCGAAGCUGAGCUCGGGCACGACGUGGCACAGCAACGGCCUGGCCUGGAGCCUGCGCCCGUGCGAGACGGAGAUCGAGCUGCUGCGCGCCACCCAGGCCCAGCUGGCCGAGCUCGAGCGCGAGACCGGCGAGAGCGCCGGCUGGAGCAACAACGGCGGCCUGUUCAUCGCGCACAGAGAGAGCCGCAUGCAGGAGUACCGGCGGCUCGUCGACGCGGGCCGGGCGUUCGGGAUCGAGGCGAGGCUGCUGAGCGCCGCCGAGGCCGCGGAGCUCUGCCCGCUGCUCGACGAGCGCGCCUUCGUCGGCGCGAUCCACUCGCCGCGGGACGGCGCGAUCGAGCCCGCGAGCAUGAUCGCCGCGCUGGCCAGGUGCGCGAGGAGCCGCGGCGCGCAGAUAUUCGAGGAGUGCCCGGUGACGCGGGUGCUCACCGACGAGAAGACCUUCGGCUCGAAGCAGGUGACCGGCGUGGAGACGGACCGCGGCCUCAUCCGCACCGGCUGCGUGCUGAACGCGAGCGGCGCCUGGGCGCGGCAGGUCGCGCGCAUGGUCAAGCUGGACAUCCCGCUGACGCCGAUGAAGCACGCCUACGUGGUGACGGAGCCGCUGGCGCGCGCGCGCGGCAUGCCCAACGUGCGCGACCACGACCUGAGCGUCUGCCUGAAGGCGCAGGGCGGCUCGCUGAGCGUCGGCGGCUACGAGCUCAACCCCAUCGUGCUGCGGAGUGUCGCCCAGGACUUCUCCUUUGGGCUGUACGAGCUCGACUGGAGCGUGUUCGGCGCGCUCAUGCGGGCGGCGAGCAGCCUCGUGCCGGAGCUGGCCGGAGUCGGCGUCCGGUCCACGGUCUGCGGCCCCGAGAGCUUCACCCCCGACCACCGGCCGAUCUUGGGCGAGGACCCGCGCUGCGCCGGCUUCUUCUACUCGUGCGGCUACAACAGCGCCGGCGUGAUGCUCGCCGGCGGCUGCGGCGCGCGCGUGGCCGAGUGGAUCGUGCACGGCCGGCCCGGCAGGCACAUGUUCUCGCACGACGUGCGCCGGUUCACGCCCGAGCAGACGCGCGACGUGGUCUGGGCGACCGAGCGCAGCCACGAGGCCUACGUCAAGAGCUACGCCAUCGUGUUCCCGCACGACCAGCCGCUCGCGGGCAGGAACUUCCGGACCGGGCCCUUCCACGAGCUGCUGGUGGGCGCCGGAGCCGUGAUGGAGGAGCGCCAGGGCUGGGAGCGGCCGGGCUGGUUCCUGCGCCAGGGCACGGCCCCGGUGCCGGCCUACGACUACUACGGCAGCUACGGCACGGCCCGCAACCGGGAGUGCCGGUACACCGAGCUGCUGCGCCAGGAGGCCAGCUUCGACUUCCCCGCGCACUUCGACCACAUCCGCGAGGAGGCGCUGGCCUGCCGCGGCAACGCGGCCCUCUUCGACGCCUCGUACCUGGGCAAGUUCUACCUGUGCGGCCCGGACGCGCAGAAGGCCGCGGACUUCCUCUUCACCGGCUGCACCGACGCGGAGGUCGACCGCACCGUCUACACCUGCAUGCUGAACAAGCGCGGCGGCACCGAGGCCGACUGCACCAUCACCUGGAUCCUGCCCGGCUCCAGCGGCGUCGUCGAUCCCAUUUUCAAGGGCAAGGCCCUGUACGUCGUGUCCGCCGGCCUGUCGGCCUACCACGCCUGGGCGCACAUCCGCCGCAUCGUCGCGGACAAGGGCUUCAACGUGAGCUUUCACAACGCCACCGACCAGAUGGGCGUCCUGUCGCUGCAGGGCCCCAACAGCGCCAAGAUCCUGCAGAACCUCGUGGACGCGGACCUCGCCGGCGACGACUUCCCGUUCUCCAGCUCCAAGCUCGUGCGGGCCAACGGCAAGCUCGUGCGCGCUUUCAGAAUCAGCUUCGUCGGCGAGCUGGGCUACGAGCUGCACAUCCCCAUUCACCACUGCGAGAAGGUCUUCCGGGGCAUCGUCGAGCUCGGCAAGCCGUGGCGCCUCAAGCUGGCCGGCUACCGCGCGCUCUACAGCCUCAGCUGCGAGAAGGGAUUUCACCUGUGGAACUCCGAUCUGAGGUCCGACGACAAUCCGAUCGAGGCCAAUUUGGGCUUCACCUGCAGGAAGGACGGCAAGUAUUUGGGCAGCGACGCCGUCGACAAUUUGCGCAAAAACGGCGUCAAGAGGAAAUUGGUCUCUCUGCACGUCAAGCAUCAAGUGCCUAUGUGGGGCCUGGAAACGGUCUAUAGAAAUGGAGAGAUCGUUGGAUACCUGACAAGAGCCGAAUACGCCCACACCUUCGGUUACAGUAUUGGACACUCGUACAUCAAGCAUCCGCAAGAUCAAAUUUUAACCAAUGAGUUUCUGCAGUCUGGCGAAUACCAAGUGCAAAUAAUGGGCAAAAUGUAUCCGGCUCAGAUGUAUUUGAAGAGUCCGUUCGAUCCUCACAACAAAAGGCUGCUCAACGAGUACGAUCAGUUGUAGAGCUCAUCUUUCGCGAUAUCGCUUUUUCCGAAUUACCCUUUGACGAUUCUACUUUUGCAAUUCGCACGGCCAAUUUAUACGAACCACGUUUUUUAAUGCGAACACUGUGAUUUUUUUUACUUCGUGCUUCCUUUCAAGGUAGUCAUUGCCUUUUUAUCGACCUAUGCCUGCAUACGCCGUUUUUACAUUUCGCAGUACAAAUACUGACAAAAAAGAUAAGCUCUCUAACAAUGUCUUUACUCUCGAGAAAAUGUAGAAUUAUAAUGUGGCAUUGGUAAAAUAAACGUAAAAUAACCGAACCAUAUUUU